AUGGCCACGCACGAACAUUGGCUGCGAGCCAUUGUGAAAUUAACUCAUACGUCUGUAUUGCUUUUUUUGUUAUCUGCUGCAGGAGGUCCACUGUCACCCCGAAGUGAUGUCUCUUGGCUGGGAGAGAAAAACGAGACAUUUUUUCAGAGUCCAGAAGAAGGAAAACCUGCAGGAGGUGCCUCCAAGAAGGAAGAUGGGGCUGAAAGGUGCAAACAGUUAGGAAAAAUCCGAUGUGAAGCGCUGAGAGAAAUCGCCCGGAAUCCCGACGGUUCGCAGAGGCGGGAAGGGGAUCAGGCUGGAGAAAAGGAGAAAUCGGAGUCUUUUCGGACGGCCGAGGUAGACGAACUUCGCGUUCCUCAGGAAAAGCAGCGGAAGAAGAGGAGAAACAGGCGCCUCGUCGUUAUCCCGGAGGAGAGACCCAGUAAAAACUCAGCCUUCGGGAAGGGGGUCCCCCUCCACCCAAGGCUCCAUAGCCGAGAACUGCCCCAUAAAUGCUUGGACUGCGGCAAGGGCUUCGGUCACAAAGCGAACCUGACGUCGCACCAGAGAGUCCACCGGCUGGAGAAGCUCUACGACUGCUCCAAUUGUGGCAAACGUUUCCUCCGUAAAUCUGUCUUGGAUAUGCACUUGAGGAUGCACUCGGGACAGAAACCCUUCAGCUGCGCCGACUGCGGCUUAAGUUUAAGCGCCCAUUCGAGUCUCGUCAGGCACCAGCGGAUCCACACCAGGGAAAAACCCUACAAGUGCUCCGAGUGCGAGAAGAGCUUCAGUCAGAACUCGGACCUGAUCCGGCAUCAGCGGCUUCACACGGGGGUGAAACCCUAUCGGUGCCCUGAAUGCGGGAAGAGCUUCAGUCGGGGCGACUGCCUAGCUACUCAUCAGAAAAUCCACGUGGGGAAAGAGCAAGGAGGAACUCAGACCGCAGCCAAGACUUUUGUGAUAAAUCAAGUCCUGUUCAGCACUUGAGAAUUUUUCCGGGGUGGGGCAGGGGGGACGACACACAAACCACAAGCGGUGCUCACAAAAUGAGAAGCGAUGCCCAAUCUUUUUCAGGAUAAAAGUUGUCACGCUAAUUAUGAUUUAGUAGCUGACCGGCAGAAGUGAUAUAUAGAGAAUGAGUCAGCAGAGUAUUUGGGGGUAGUAUCCCUUUAAUGGCAGUUGGAACCUGCUGGCUCACUUCAACCCUUUGAAUAUAACUGACUAUCUUGUAUUCUCUAUGCUCCCUGAAUAUUGUUUUUUUCACAUUGUAUAUUAAACCACGGUUCUUUUAACGAACCAC